CUGAGUGCUCGCCUACAAUUCGGGGACGACAGCGUGAUCCUCGCUCAGAAACGGCAAGCCCCAGAUGAAAGAGAGAAAUCGAUAUAUGACUGACACUUCACAUUCAGACUUGCUUCCAUGCAAGCCCUUGGCGCAAGCGGGGCCCUUCACAUGGGAGCCAAAUUCCUUCGGGCUCAUUACGAACCAUACCUUUCCAGGGCUGAAAGUAAAGUUUACAUACCUCUCGAGACAUGGACUAAUCACCCCAACGUAUUCCAAUCGGUCGGAUUCACGACGGCGAGCUUGCCAUGGUACAACGAGGAACGGCGAGCAUUUGACUUGACUCUCUUCCAGUCCGAAAUUGUUAAGAUCCCAUCGCAAUCGAUCGUUGUUCUACAGAUUUCAGCAAAUAAUCCUACGGGCUGUGAUCCAUCCGUGGACGAAUGGAGACAAAUCGCCCUCACCUUCAAGAGUUGCGGUCAUUUUGCGUUCCUUGACCUUGCCUACCCAGGUUUUGUGUCUGGUUGCUUCGUCACAGAUGCCCUCCCUCUUCGCAUCUUCGUAGACACUGGUGUACCUUUAGCAACCGCCACCACCUACGGAAAAGCAUUCGGUCUUUACGGCGAACGCGUGGGACAUCUGUGCUUCACAUUACCUGAUGCGCACACUGCACAGCGGGCUGAGCAGCAAAUGAAGCUAUUGGCCAGAGCUGAGACUGGCGCCCAGCCACGUUUCGGUGCUGCAUUAGUUGCACUCAUCCUUGGAAAUAAGGAACUGAAAGCUUGUUGGGAGAAAGACAUUCGGAGGCUGGCACAGGAUCUUGAUUCCCGCCGAAAGAAUUUAAAGGAGUCGUUAGUGAGAGCAGGUGCGCCUGGGAAUUGGGAUUUCAUCACGAAUCAACGCGGAAUGUUCACGUAAGAUACCUGCUGUGUUCUUCAUUCCAGCCAUUGCAUCGCUAUAAUCUGAAUUUGCUAAUCAGUCGCAGCUUUGCCUCGUUCACUUUAAAACAGAUUAAUUGUCUUCGGGACGAGUAUGCGGUGUAUGUUCAAGAUACUGGACGGCUCUCUAUCGCGGGAUUGAGUUCGCGCAGCCUGGCAUACGUCGCAUCGAGCAUUGCGAAGACCAUGCAACCCAAUUAGAAGUUUUAUUGCUACCAUAUAGACGCUCCCACAUUCCAUCAGGUUAACGUCG